AUGGCGACCAACGGCAGCGGCAAAACACCACUGCGCAUCGUCGUGGGUAGCGACAACGCAGGCCACGCAUACAAGACCGCACUGAAAGAAGAGCUGAAGAAGCACGCAGGCGUCACACAUGUUCUUGACGUCGGAGUCAACGAAGCGGACGACUCAACAGCAUACCCACAUCUCGCUGUCGACGCGUGCAAGAAGAUAAAGUCCGGCGAGGCCGACCGAGCACUUCUGAUCUGCGGAACAGGCCUCGGAGUUGCCAUUGCGGCAAACAAGGUGUCGGGCAUUCGAGCAGUCACGGCGCACGAUCCGUUCUCGGUGGAAAGAGCGGUGCUGAGCAAUAACGCGCAAGUACUGUGUUUUGGGCAGCGCGUGAUAGGGCUGGAGCUCGCGAAGAAGCUGAUUCAGGAAUGGGUGGAACUACGUUUUGAUGAGAAGAGCGGGAGCGCUGAGAAGGUGAAGAACAUCUCGGAGUAUGAAGAGCAGUUUGGUGAUCUGUGA